AUGUUGGAUGCCCCUCUUUCUGACCCAGUCCCCUCGACCAACGAAUGUUGGGAUCUUGUUUACGACUGGACUGACAAUGUUGGGGAUAGUUGUGUUUGGUAUUCACAGGGAAACAACUGUUUGUAUUACGGAGAUGAGUUUCCAUGCACCACCGACGGAAACGCCAACUUGGUUUGCUGCACAUGCGGGGGUGGAUGUACAACUCCACCGUUGCUUGGUGAUUAUAUUGAGGAAAUUCCCGGUUGUAGCGAUUCCCCUGCCCAUUGGACCGAUGUGGACAAUGACGGAUGUGACUGGUAUGCGGAAGAUGACAACUGCCAGGUCUUUGAAAGUGGAUAUGCUGGCGAAGAUGGGAAAACUGCCAACGAGGCCUGCUGUUUCUGCGGGGGUGGGUACGAUCCGAAUGCUCCCCGAAUUGUUCCAAAUAUCACCACUCCUUGUACGGAUGUUCUGGAUUGGACUGAUUCCGGGGGUGAUCCUUGCUCCUGGUACGAGACAGACGACCAUUGUUUUCGAUUUGGAACUGCCAAUGCAGGUCCAGAUGGCUCUACCGCAGUGGAAUCCUGUUGUGUCUGUGGAGGUGGAGCGGCCCCUCUCUGUAGUGACAAGGCAGAUUGGACCGAUUUGGAGGGUGAUCCUUGCUCGUGGUAUGAGAUAGAGGACCGAUGUUUGCAAUUUGGAAUUGCCAAUGCGGGGAUUGACGGAACCACUGCCUCGGAGUCCUGCUGUGUCUGUGGAGGAUCUGCUCCCGUGUGCAACGACAAGGCUGGGUGGACGGAUUCGUUUGGAGAUGGCUGUGUUUGGUAUCUGUAUGGUAAUCACUGUGAUGUUUACGGCAACGCCAACGAAGGAGAGGAUGGAACUACAGCCCGAGAAUCUUGCUGUGGCUGUGGUGGCGGAGAAGUUCAAUCGGAUUCUUGCUUUGACACUCCUGGUUGGGUGGAUGGGGCACAGGAUGAUUGCUCUUGGUACGAAUUGGAUGGCAGAUGCACUACGUUUGGAGGCUCGGACGUGGUGGCUAGUGCCGUUGAUGGCACAACCGCCAACGAAGCCUGCUGCGUCUGCGGUGGUGGAAGUUCUGGUUCUACCGUGGCUGUGGCGGCAGCCGAGGCAAAAUCCGCCCAAACGAAGAAGAAGACGAAAGGCUGGUUGGGUUGGCUCCCUGGCGGGUUUGAACCCUGAUGAUCAGAGUGUCGGUUUUGAAUUGAUUGUUACAUAUGCGAAAGUGUCCUAUCCAUAAGUUAGUUGUACAUGCACUACUAAAUGCAAGAAGAAGUUCGCCUCG